AUGGCCGCUCUCACAAUCAGCCGCUCUCAGGUUUCUCUCUGGUAGAAGGAAGAAGACAAACUCUGAACUAGUGCAGGCGGUUCAGCUAAAAAGAACAGAUACCUAUUUUCUCAGGGGGUGCGUGUGCCUGAGGCUCGUUGGCUGAAGUUUUUCCCGGGUAUCGCGUGAUACUACGGAAUAUCAGGCCGAAACCUUUUUCUUACAGUUAGUAAAAAUGGGUAACGCUGCGACGAAAGUAGAAGCGAAGCCGGAGGAGAAGAAGAAAUUGAAACCUUGCUGCGCCUGUCCUGAAACUAAGAAGGCCAGAGACGCAUGCAUCAUAGAAAAUGGCGAGGAAAAGUGCGGCGACCUCAUAGAAGCGCACAAGGCUUGUAUGCGAUCAAUGGGAUUCAAUAUAUAAACUGUAGGAGGGUUUUAAAUCUCGACGCCAAAGUCACAUCGCAGAGAGUGUACUCUGCAAACGAUCUUAGAAGUCUCAGGUUAUAAGCGUAUUUACAUGUUGAUAUGUAUAUGCUUUGUAAAUAAUUUCGUUGAUAGGUUUUGUAAAGAACAAAGUAUUAUGUUUGCGAAGUGACAGAAGGAUCUACUCCGAACAACUUGGUUUUAUUUCGAAUACGAUCGGGGAACGUGAGGUAGUCCAUUGUGAUGUAACUAUACGUAAGAAAUAAAAAUCGUACUCAUCUUUUCAA